UUAAAACACGAUUCAAUGAGAGAGGAUUUAACAUCACAUUGUCAAAAUAGAGUACAUAUUACAUGACCUAUUCGAUAUGUUGUUCAUGCCAACCACUGGAUUUCCGCUUUAAAGAAAUCAUCCCAUUGAAUCGUCCCAUCCAACUGUAGAUAGAGCCGCCAGCACGACUGGUUCUGUUUGGAUAACAAUCUAUAACAUCCACACGUAUUAAAAAAAGCAUUUCAGUCAAGAGAAAUGCGAUGAAGAAAAUGACGAGACGAGAUCUGCGGGCCUUCAGGAAUAAAUGUACCCAAUUUCAUGAAACAAAGGUUUUUUGCAUUCUCUCGCCUCCUGGUGGCGGCUAAAGGGACGUGCGCGUGAGAGACGAGAUGGAGGACGGAAGAGGAAGGAGGGGAAGGAGGGGAAGGAGGGGAAAGGGGGAGGGCCCGGGGGCGCUCCCGCUCCCUGAAUGUCGCCUCCUGUUGCUGCCUCUCACUCGCGGCCGCGGCUCUGCCACUGUCGACCUUUCCGUCUUUGCUCCAGCCGUGGCGCGACUACUUUGUCACCCGCCACGAGCUGGCCAGACCUUAGUGGGACAGCAGCCGUGCUCCUUGAAAACGGAGGGGUGGAAACCAAAGUGAGACUGUUUCAUCGUUAUUGUUUCCAACAUUCUUCAGCAACUACAGUACAUUAGUAGUAGUGUUGUUGGUGGUCAGUUCCUGGAGAGUACGUAGUUCCAAGACAGGGCGAAACAGAUGUUUGAAGGCAUGCCGGCAGCGGAGGAAUGAGAGCAGCGAGGCACCGGCGGCCCUUCCAGCGGUUCUGCUGCUGCGGAGUCGGGCUGUUCGCCGUCUUGUGGCUCGCUCAGGUCAUCCGCGCACCAGAGACUUUACUCGGCGUGAAGGACAAUACGUUGCGAUGGACGCGCAGGCUCAUGCAGGCAUCCGACAACCAAAGUGUGGACGAACACAGAGCAGCCAUCCACGAGUUUCCAGAGGACAUCUUCACGAAGGAGCAGAGGAAGAAUGGAGCCGUCUUACUGCAUGUCCUCUGUGCCAUUUACAUGUUCUAUGCUCUGGCCAUCGUCUGUGAUGACUACUUUGUUCCUUCCCUUGAAAAAAUAUCUGAGAAUCUCCAGUUGAGUGAGGAUGUUGCCGGGGCAACAUUCAUGGCAGCAGGAAGCUCUGCUCCGGAGCUUUUCACAUCGCUCAUUGGCGUCUUCAUCACUAAAGGCGACGUCGGCGUGGGCACCAUCGUCGGCUCGGCUGUCUUCAACAUCCUGGUCAUCAUCGGCUUGAGCGGCAUCUUCGCCGGCCAGACGGUGACGCUGACGUGGUGGUCGUUGUUUCGAGACUCUUCCUACUAUAUCCUGUCUGUGCUGGCGCUCAUCGGGGUGAUCUAUGAUGCUGUGGUUGUCUGGUGGGAGUCUUUGAUCCUCAUGACCAUGUACGCGAUCUACAUUAUCAUCAUGAAGUUCAACUCCCGCCUUUUGACCACUGCGACGCGACAGUUCCGGCCCGCCAGGCCGUGUUGCGUCACCUCAGAGGAUGGCAGGGAGGACAAAAUGGCAGACGACGCCUCGGCCUGCCACACCGCCAUGGGCCUCCUCAAUAAAGCUCAAGUCCACAAUCAGGAGAGCAGCGCGGUCGUCAUGGUGGACGAACUUCUCAUCCUGAGCCCACACAAGCUCUCCUUCUCUGACGCCGGCCUACGGAUUAUGAUCACGCCGCAUUUCUCGCCUCGCACCAGGCUCUCCAUGGCUGGACGUGUGCUCAUCAGCGAGCGACAGAGGCUUAUCCGGACUUCCAAGACCCCGCGGGGCAGCGGGGCUGCUCUCGGGUCCCGAGGGGGCUCCACCACCAGCAGCCUGAAACGGACGGGCUCCUGCAGCUUGGAAAACGGAGGCGGGACGGGACAAACCGAGUCCGGAGACAAGCCGGGGGCGGACGAAGACGACGACGGCGGCGUCUUCCACCCCUUGCGCAUCCCAGCCGGCUGCACGGCCAGGGUCAAGUGGGUGGUCACGUGGCCUCUGGGUCUCCUGCUCUACUGCACGGUGCCCAACUGCGUGGUCCCGCGCUGGCAUCGCUGGUUCAUGAUCACCUUCGUGGCCUCCACGCUGUGGAUCGCCGUCUUCUCCUACCUCAUGGUGUGGAUGGUCACCAUUGUGAGCUUCACCUUAGACAUCCCAGACUACAUCAUGGGCAUAACCUUCCUGGCAGCGGGCACCAGCGUGCCCGACUGCAUGGCCAGCCUCAUCGUGGCCCGACAAGGCAUGGGUGACAUGGCCGUGUCCAACUCCAUCGGCAGCAACAUCUUUGACAUCCUGCUGGGUUUGGGUUUCCCCUGGGCUUUACGCACCCUCGUGGUGGACCACGGCUCCUCCGUGUCCAUCAACAACAAAGGCCUGGUGUAUUCUGUCGUCCUGCUGCUGGCCUCCGUCUUCCUCACUGUGACGAGCGUCCAUUUGAACCGCUGGAAGCUGGAUCGCCGCCUCGGUCUGGGCCUGUUGUUCCUCUACGCCAUCUUCCUGCUCUGUUCAAUCCUCUUUGGCCACAUGUGAAGGAAGCCAAAUGACAGCGAAGAGCAACCCACUGCCCACUUUUCUAUCUGCCGUGCAUCCUUUUUGCUCGAGCCAAAAGAACCAUUUGCUCUUCUUUUAACAGCAGUGCUUUUCAUUACUUUGAUUUCUUCGUGUUUGGAAACAACACCACUUAAUUGUUUUGGUUUUUUUUCUUGUUCCUCAUCUGUGCUAAAAAAAAAAAAAAAAAAAAAGAUCCAGUAUUUAUUGAGUGUAAUAUAUAAUGUAGCAGCAAUCUGAGGCUCUACAACGGGCGAGCACUGUCAGCCUCUCAACCAGUAUUGGUACAAAUUAACGUACGUCGACAGUGGCCUAGACUAGUGUCUUGAGGUGUUAUAAUGAAAUAUACAACAUCUAUUUAUUGAGUGUCACUCGCAUUGAUGAGUUUUAGGUUAGUUUUGUCACACUGCGGUACAGCAUUUUUCUUUCUUGGAUGAUUCACAGCAGAUGAAUUCACUUUGGUGGAAUAUUUGAAUUAAGCACAAGCCUUCACUGGUACUUAAUGCAUGAAUUAAAUGCUCUAUACUGCUGCUUUUGCUUUUAUGGUAAACUAAAAGCAAUCUAAUAUAUUUUUAUGAGCUAACUCAGUUGGCACAAUUUGGUAGAAAUUGAUUUUAUGAGUCUUAAAUGUUCCACCAAACUGACUUCAUUUCCAAAUGGAUGUAUAAUUAUUACUCUUGACUGCAUUCCAAGAGGUUUUUUUUGCAAAUGCACCAAUGGAAGUCUUGUUAGUUUUGUGGUGUUUUUGAUAUUGAAACUAGAUGAGAAUAAUUAAGGCGUGUUUCGUUGCAUAGAAUAUUUUUGGGCCAUUGACAUGCAAUGUUUUUCCAAAAGGGAGCACACGUUGAGGCAGAAAUCAAACGGAAACCGAAGAUUGAAUGUUUUAGUCUAACAGCUGUUCAAUGGCAAUGUUAAAUUUCUUCAAAUGUGAUGAGGUAGUAUUUUUUAUUUUUUUUUUUUUUAAGUAGGCAUUUGAUGAUAAUAGACUUUAUAUCCUGAGUGCAAUAAAAUAGUGCUACAAUA